GUAGGACAAUUUUGGAACAUGUGUGAUCUCAUGUGUUGUUAGUUGGUUGUUGGCAAGGUUAGCGAAAGAGUGUACUGUGUGGUAGGAUAGGAUAUGCUUCACUUAUAACGGACUGUCAGGCAUUUUUGUUAAUAGUGAACAUGGGGUCGUUAGUCGAAUUACAAGAAAUGUUAAAUAAAAAGGAUGAUCGAAUUCAACAGUUGGAAGCGAUUCUCAAAGUCCGUGAUGAUGAAAUUGUGGAACUCCGAUCUCAGCUGGAUAAAUUCCAGAGUGUUAUGCUUUUUGCUAAAGGCCCAGCAGGAACUGGGUCAGGCAAAGAGAGAACGCGAAAAACCCGUGCCCAGGGUAUUUCUGCGGAGCCUCAAGCCCUAAAAACCGUGCAGGAGUUAAACAAACUCGGCCAGACAACUUUCCCCGAAGUCCCCAAAUCUUCAAGACGACACCCUACUACUACUACUAGCACUACCAAUACUACUAACCCUGACAGUGACAAACCCUGGCAACAGAUGGCGUCGUGAGUGCGCUUGGUGCUGGCCUUGUGAGUGAUGGGUAAAGUCUCGACUUUAUC